GUCUCUCUCUCUCCAUCCCGCAGCAGGUUUCUGUGGCCCGACUAGAUCAGCUGCACAGACCCCCUCUGGACUGAACCGAACCGAACUGAGCCGAACUGAGCCGAACCGACAGGAGGAGGCCCGUCCCGAGCGCAGAGAGUUCAGCCGGGAGUCAGUGCGAUCAGCCGGGACUCUCUGCAGUGUGUGCCCGCCUGCAUGGAGCCUCCGGGCGGCCCCAGGCGGAGGAUCGUCCCGCUGCUGGUUCUGAUGCUCUGCUGCUCCUCCGCCACUCUGGGACACGCCGAGAGGGUGUGUCACUGCACUGGGAAGUCUUUCUGUCACUGUGAUGGGGUCAAAGGUCAAAAGGGUGAAUCGGGUUACCCCGGAUACGACGGACUUCCUGGAGUGAUUGGUUAUCCUGGAGUCGAAGGCCACCAGGGCUCCUCUGGAGAAAAGGGUAACCAGGGACCAGCAGGUGGUCCAGGACUGAAAGGCUCUCGGGGUCUUCCAGGAAAACCAGGUUUCCCAGGACCUCCAGGAUUGCCGGGACUCCCCGGACACGAAGGACCUAUAGGCCAACUAGGACUCCCAGGAUGCAACGGGACAAAGGGGGAUGUUGGUCAACCAGGAUACCCCGGGCCUCCAGGACCUGCCGGCUUUCCAGGUGAACCAGGACUGCGAGGUGAAAUGGGAGACACGUUCGUCUUUCCCGUCCCUCAGGAAAUUAUUGGAGUGACAGGACCACAAGGACUGGACGGAGAAAAUGGCCUGACUGGAGAUCCAGGUGAACCAGGCCUGCCGGGACCAACAGGAUCCUUCGGACUUCCUGGACGUCCAGGGUUGCCGGGGUUACCAGGAGAGAAGGGUCAAGAGGGUCCCAGUCCAGUGAUCCCGGGUCCCCGAGGACAAAGGGGUGAUCGCGGCCCGCCGGGGAUUCCUGGACAGAAAGGAAUCAAACUGUAUGCUACAGGACCCAAAGAACUGAAGGGAGAACCAGGUGAAGUCGGACAGAAAGGUUGUCGUGGACUUCCUGGCGUGGCAGGGAAACUGGGGGUUAAAGGAGAGAAGGGCGGGCGAGGUGAUCCUGGCUCAGAAGGUAAACCCGGGAAGGAUGGACUCCCAGGAGAGCUGGGCCAACAGGGAAAUCCGGGGGAUCGUGGGUUCCUCGGUCCUCCAGGUAUCGAUGGAGCAAAGGGGGAGAGAGGGGAUCGUGGUUUUCCAGGUCUUCCAGGGGAGACGGUCUGGAAUCACAGAUUCCUGAAGGGCCAGCGAGGUGUCCCCGGGUCCCCUGGAUCCCGCGGACUCCCUGGAGAACAAGGACUUAUUGGUUUUCCAGGACUGCCGGGAGAACCAGGUGUAGUUUAUGCUGGUCCACCAGGCCCUCCGGGGCCGCCUGGCUCAACUGGAGCCAAAGGAAAUCCAGGAGUUCCAGGACCUAUGAUUGUUGGCCCUCAAGGACUGGAUGGAGUCCCAGGAAGUCCUGGACCUUAUGGAGAACCAGGAGAACCGGGAAUACCAGAUUUCGUGCAGGGAGGCAUUGGUCCUCCAGGAAUUAAAGGUCCAAAAGGACAGAUGGGAUUUGCUGGAACCAGAGGGGAGGACGGACAGACGGGUGAAAAGGGGGACAUUUGCUUGGUCUGUGAAAUUGUUUUCGGCCCCUCCGGACCUCCAGGUAAACCAGGAGAGCCAGGUGAAGGCGGGGUGGCAGGUUCACCUGGUUUUCAAGGACCCAAAGGUUACAAAGGGGUCAAAGGGGUUGUAGGACCACCUGGUCCACAGGGACCCUUUGGUAUCCCUGGCCUCACGGGGCCUCCAGGACUGAUUGGAGACCCUGGGAUCAUGCAGAGGGUGGGGCAGAAGGGUGAGGAUGGGGGACAAGGGGGGCCAGGACCACCAGGUUUUGAGGGGACAGAUGGGCGUCAAGGCGUUAGGGGACCGAAAGGUGUUCUUGGACAGAAAGGAAACCCUGGGCCUCUUGGGGAGAAAGGUGACCAGGGCCUGUUCGGGGAGACUGGUCCAAGAGGACCAUUAGGACAGAUGGGACCUUCAGGACCUCCUGGAAUCGGGGCUCCAGGACCUCCAGGACCUAAAGGCAACUUGGGAGUCCAGGGACAGCUAGGAGAUCCUGGAAAACCAGGGGAGAAAGGUUCUCCGGGUGAAAUCAAAACCUCUGUAGGAGAUCCAGGAGAUAAAGGGGCCAAAGGUUUAUCAGGAAACCCCGGACCUGAAGGUGUGGCAGGACCUCCGGGCGAUUCAGGGCGUGUUGGUCCAAAGGGAGAAAGAGGAGAUACAGGAUUUUCAGUUCAAGGCCCUCCAGGCUUCCCAGGGGUCAAAGGACUCAAGGGUGUUCCAGGAGCUCCAGGUUUGCCAAGUUUUGGUAUCAAAGGACGGGCAGGACCAUCAGGGCCCCCAGGGAUGCCAGGGACCAAGGGGGACAGGGGUAUCGGUUUCCCUGGUCGACAGGGUCAAUCAGGCCCUCAGGGAGAAGAUGGCUCUGUGGGGCCCCAAGGAAACCCUGGACCCCAAGGACCAGAUGGAUCCCCGGGACCUCUAGGACAAGAUGGACCACCAGGAGCCAAAGGUGACAGUGGUCUGGAUGGUGUACGUGGUCCUGUUGGUUCUGUUGGAGUGUGUGUACCUGGAGCUCCUGGACCUGCAGGAGAGCCAGGACAGAUUGGCAUUAUUGGAUUCACAGGGCCACGGGGCCCAAAGGGUGUGCAGGGUGACCCUGGGCUGCAGGGUGUGGGAUCCAUGGGGACUUUGGGUCCAUAUGGAGCCCCAGGGUUUGAUGGACCUCCAGGACCAGUAGGAGAAGUUGGACUGAAGGGCCUAAGAGGGAACGAUGGGGAGCCUGGGAGUCCAGGUAUCAGAGGUGACAUGGGUCCUCCAGGACCUUUUGGGAUUCCAGGGGAUGAUGGGAAACCAGGAGAGACUGGACCACCAGGGCCGACAGGUGAGACGGGUAAAGAAGGGGUCAGGGGCUCACAGGGGCCACAGGGACCACAGGGGGACAGAGGAGAAACCGGACCACAAGGAAUCCAGACGAAUGUGAUGAUGCACGGGGAUCCUGGAGAAGCUGGAGAAGCUGGGUCCACAGGUCUCACUGGUUCUAAAGGAGAGAGGGGCCCCCCAGGGCUUAAGGGCCUGGACGGCAACAACGGUAGACCAGGAAAUCCUGGGCCACAAGGACUUCCUGGAGACCCCGGAAGAGACGGAGAAAAAGGUCCUCCUGGUCCCAGAGGACUCAACGGUGAUCAAGGAGAGAUGGGGAAGCCAGGUUGUAAAGGGGAGAAAGGUUCGCAAGGGCCGUGUGGGCCACCUGGUUCAGAUGGGAAACCAGGAUCAGAAGGACCCAAAGGUCCUAAAGGAGAACCAAGUCCACCUGGACCAGGAUUAAAGGGACCUCCAGGAGAGAAGGGGACUCAGGGAUGUGCUGGACCUCCAGGGGAAAAGGGGAAACCAGGGGAUGUAGGAAACUUUGGUCCUCCAGGAGACUGUGGUCCGUGUGGCCCCAAAGGGAAUCCUGGACCCCCAGGAUGCAGAGGUCCUCCUGGGCCUGCUGGUGGAAAGGGUUGUGAUGGUCCUCCAGGACAAAAUGGCCCUCCAGGACCCACCGGCCUUACAGGUAACAAGGGGGCUCCUGGAGAUCCUGGUCCAGCUGGUCCCAGAGGAAACCAAGGACAGGACGGGAUACCUGGACCUCCUGGAGAGAAAGGAGCCAUGGGAGCUCCUGGAGUGGGACCUCAGGGCCCAGAGGGGAAUAAAGGUGCACCAGGGCCUGCUGGGGAGAAUGGUCCACCUGGUCCCUGUGGUCCUCCUGGACCUUUUGGUCCUGAAGGAAACCCAGGUUGUCCUGGUCCUCCUGGACCUCCUGGUCCUCCUGGUUGUCCCGGCACAGAGGGAGUCUGCACUGGAGGAGAAAAGGGAGAAAAAGGAUUAUUUGGAGAAAAAGGACCCAAAGGUCCACCAGGCUUUCGGGGUCCUCCUGGUCCUCCAGGUCCUGGUUUUAAAGGAGACAAGGGAUUUAAAGGAACAUCAGGUGACGCAGGACCAUCUGGUUGCCCUGGUGACCCAGGUCCACCAGGCCUGCCGGGUAAAAACGGACCAGGAGGCCCAUGUGGACCCAAAGGCCAGAUGGGAGAGACUGGUGUCAAGGGACCCGUCGGUUUGAAGGGGGAGACUGGACCACCAGGUAACAAGGGCCCACGAGGACUUCAAGGACCACCUGGGAAUAGAGGCCAGAGGGGGAAGGAUGUAAGCAUACCCGUGAUUUUGGAGAAAGGACACAUAGGCCCACCUGGAGACCCGGGAUUCCCAGGACAAGUAGGAGCCCCAGGGUUAAGAGGUAGACCCGGAGGUCGAGGUCCUAAGGGAUACAAAGGGAAGGAUGGUAAAAGAGGACUAGGUGGUCGUCCUGGAUUGAAAGGGGAACUGGGAGAUGAAGGAUUACACGGACCAAAAGGUAUCGCAGGUCCACGAGGUCCGGUUGGGGCUAAAGGUAUUCAAGGUCCAACAGGAACCUGCCAUGACACACCGAAAGAGGAUGGCUUCCUGUUCACCAGACACAGCCAGGAACUUGCAGUCCCACAAUGCCCUGCGGGAUCCUCUGAGGUGUACAGUGGAUACUCGCUGCUGUUCAUCAACGGAAACAACCGAGCCCAUGGACAGGACCUUGGUACAUUAGGUAGUUGUUUGCCUCGUUUUACCACCAUGCCUUUUCUGUUCUGCAACACCGACAGCACCUGUCGCUACGCCUCACGCAAUGACUACUCCUAUUGGUUGUCCACCGAUACAAUACUGUCAAGCAGCAUGCCGUUCAUCUCCGGGGAGUCGUUGAAGAAUUACAUCAGCCGGUGUACUAUAUGUGAGGCCAGAGCCAACGUCAUCGCCGUCCACAGUCAGACCAGUUCAGUUCCAGACUGUCCUCAGAACUGGGACCCUCUCUGGUCCGGGUACUCCUUCGUGAUGGAAACGGGGGUGGGGGCAGAGGGGUCGGGUCAGCCUCUGGCCUCUCCUGGAUCCUGUCUGGAAAGGUUCAGGAAGAUCCCCUUCAUUGAGUGUCACGGCAGAGGAACCUGCAACUACUACACCGACUCCUACAGCUACUGGCUGGCUGCUCUGAACCCCAACGACAUGUUCAGUAAGCCGAAGCCUCAGACCGAUACCGGAGUGUUUCCCGGCAGUCUGAUCAGCCGCUGUCGAGUCUGUAUGAAGAAACUGUAAACACUGAAUACUGAUACUGCUGAUAGUACUACUGUAAAUACUACUGCUGCUAACACUACUGAUAUCCCUACUACUGAUAAUGGUGCUACUUCUGCUCCUGUGUACUUACACCAGCAGUGAAGGUUAAGAGAGAUUAUUUUAUGCUAAUGAGCAGUGAUGUGUCGCAGUAUCGACCAAUACAAAGACCUAUAAAAGGUCUCGUCACUUCAGCUCCUGUAAAUUGUCUGAAUUUACUUUAAUGUUGAAUUUUUGCUGAUUACAAACACAUUUCAACUUCAUAAUAAAUAUAUUAGCAAAGAGAAAAUCCUAAUUUCUGACUAGCUGGCACCUCUGAUCAACAGUUUGAUCACUGAUCAAUAAGAUACCUUUUAUCUCUUCCUGUAUUUCUUGCAUCAGAAAGCUUAAGAGUUUUGUUGCAAUCACUACUUCAACUAUUACUACUAUUACGUACUAAUACUAAUAAAGGUAACAACGCCUCAGUGUCAAAACUACUUUUACUGCUACCUAUGUUAAAGUACCAAAAGUACUAGCAGUAAAAUGUUACGAGUAUCCAGUAGAAGUACACAUUCUGCUGAUGUGUUCCUAUUAGAGAAAAAAGUACUUCAUAAGAGAUCAGAUUAAACUGCAACCAGCGUCUGAUAUAAUGAGUAUGUUUAUACUUUAAAGUACCUCAAAGUAACAAAUACAUGUACUGCAGUAAGAAGUAAAGUGGAAGUACUCAUCUGACAAAACUGUACUUCUACUGAUAACCAUUAGUUUACUACUUACUAGCAGUGUUGGGCAAGUUACUUUUAAAAAGUAAUUAGUUACAGUUACUAGUUACUUCUUCCAAAAAGUAACUAAAUUAGUUACUCAGUUACAAAUUCUAAAAGCAACUAGUUACUUCAGAAAGUAACUAUUGCGUUACCUUCAAGUACAUUUUUAAAUGCUCAGAUGUGACCCCACCUCCACCCCUCUUUAACGGAUCUUAAAAUACAUGUGCAUGUUCAAUUAUUUAUGAUAAAUCUGAAUAAUAUAAUGAAAUGGACACUUAAUACAAUCCAUUAUUAACAGAAACAAUGUACACAAAUUUAAACUAUUUUAAUGUAGCUGUGGGACAAAGUGAGACUAGCCUCCAAUCAAAUGCCAUGUAUGUAGAUAUUAUGUUUAUAUAGUGGAUCGAUACAAAUAACACAAUAGAUGUUUUGGAACUUUUGAUAUUUAUUGCCCCUCAACAGGCCACAACUGGGCAAAAUUAAAUUAUGCUUGUUAAGCACUAUACCAAAAAUAAAUAACAAAUACAUACACUCUUUGUAGUGCAAAUAAAACCAAAAAAAGCUUCAGACAAUUGGUAGAUAUACUGUACAAUGUACAAUGUAUACCAAAACUAAGGAAUCCAAAUAUAAACAAGUAAUACAUAAGAAAGAAAAAAUACAUCUCCAUAAAAAUAAAUCUCUUUCUCUGGCCAUUGACAAUCUCACUUCAGGAGGCAUUUUUGGCAGUAACGGUAACGGCGUUAUUAAAAUGGGAAGAGUAAUCAAUUAGAUUACUCGUUAGUGAAAAAAGUAACGCUGUAGUAACGCCGUUAUUUAUAAUGCCGUUAUUCCCAUGACCGCUUACUAGUAGUACUCACUCCUACAGAAGCAGUGCAAGAAGCAGGAUUACUAUUAACACUAGUAAAAUAGUAAUUCUUAAACUUCUUUUUUAGGAGCAAAAAGACGUAAGUAUCAAUCUGAGUACUAUAAUAGUAACCGUAAAAUGAUUAACUCCAGUACUUUGUGCAAAACUACUACUACUACAGCACUGUGGUACUUGGUGAACAAUACUUAAUACGUGCAAGUGUUUUUCUCCAGUUGAUAUUUGACAACCUCUAAGUACUACUGCUACUUCUACUGCUGGUACCACCAUUACUACUACUGCUUUUACUACUGUGAGUACUUCUGCUACCAUUAUAUACAAAUCUACUACUGCUCCCACUACUGUCACUAAUAUGACUAAUACUACUACGACUACGACUGGAGCUGCAGUACCAGCCUCAACCUGAAGGGGGCGCAGCUGAAACACCAUAGAAGAAGGAGCCGCAGUUCCUCAAACAGACACCAUAUGGAGUUCCAAAACUUGAAAUGAAUGAGAAAAAAACCUAAAUAUUUUAUUUUCUGCACAGCAACAACCCCGAUUGGAGGACUCUUGCAGCAAUGCAUUGUGGGAAUUGUAGUUGUCUUCUGACACAGAACAAAUGUCUUUAUAUUCUUAUUAAACAUUGAUAUUAAACAGUAUAGAUGUGUUUACAGUCUGACCACAUUCUCUUUAAAUCCUCUUGAUGUUGUACAUAAUCUCAUCCUGUAAUUGUUAAAGCCGCUGAUAUAUUGUGAUAAAUUGGGAUAACAUUUUGUUUUGUGAAUAUGAUUAUUAUGAAUUUAAUAAAAGGUUGUUUUACAUAA